AUAGCCGCUGAAAAUCCCGACGGCGGAAGACGACGACGUAAGACGACGACGGAGGCGAUGAAGAACGAAGAGGCCAUUGCAGUAGUGGAGAUUCUGUCUCCGAUGACCUCAGCCUUUGGGUACACGAGACGUCUAGCCUUCUUCGACCCGUUUUCAGCACCACAUCGGAGCGGUAUGGCUAUUCCGGAGUUCGAAUUUUGCUGUUAUGGAUUCGAUAUCUUUGUUGAGUUAAUUGUUCAAAGUUCAGUAUCUAUAGAUGCUAAGAAGGGUAAACAUCGGGAAUACGAAAAUGAAUGCGGUAAGAAAUAUGUGGUUCCUGAUGUGUUUGGAAUUACCUUCAUUGACCCGUUCUAGCUCAUCAAUGGUUAGUUGCAUUCUCACCAAUUGGUAAUGGUUUAUCUGAAAUGGAUUAUUGUGGCCUUGAGAAACUGGAUUGUCUUACAUGUUUAAAAUGUUUAGUGGAUUGAGAGAACACUAAACAGAUUAUGUGAUAAAGCUCUUUUCAUGGAAUGAUUUGAUUCUACUUAAUCAUAGCUUGUGAUGCUAUCCAAUCAGACUCUAGUGUUGUUUCAUCUAUUUGUAGGUGUUUCAGAUUAUGUCAUAGAGCUUGUUUGUCUGAUAGCACAACCUAUGCUAAUAAGUUAAGUGUUGUUUA